GGAGCGAGAUUCAAACGGUAACUAUCACGUGCCUCCUGCAGUAACGUGACUCUCACAAACAGGAAGUGCGGAGCCAGAGAACUUCUACCCCAAGUCUCGUAAACGCGUCUGCUUUGUCCAGGUUAGCAGUCCCGGGUCAGUCCGUCCCCCUCGGUACCAGACUGCCUGACAGACACCAGGUCGGACUGCAGCGGAGGUAAAGAGGCAGACAGAUAUGGGCUCCAUAUUUCGCAGCGAGGAGGUGUGCCUGGUGCAGCUCUUUCUUCAGUCCGGCUCGGCCUAUAAUUGUGUCAGCGAGCUGGGAGAGCUGGGCCUGGUUGAGUUCAGAGACUUAAACCCCAAUGUGAACUCCUUUCAGAGGAAAUUUGUCAGCGAGGUCAGACGAUGCGAGGAUCUCGAGAAGACUUUCCACUUCUUGGAGCAGGAGAUAAAUCGCUCCCUAUCGUCACCCUCAAAGGGUCCACUCCCUCCUCCGUGUCCGAUGCCUUCAGCCCCUCAGCCCCGUGAGCUCAUCACCAUAGAGGAGGAGAGCGAGAGGCUCGCCAGAGAGCUCAAGGAGGUGUCCAGGAACAGAGACAGCCUUAGAGCUCAGCUGACGCAGCUCUGUCAGUACCGAGGAGUCCUGACCAGAACUCACUCUCUCACGGCGUCACACGUGGUACCACCUGCAGCGGAGACCCAAGGUCUGUUUGAUAACCGCCAAGAUGUCCGACUCAGUUUUGUGGCAGGAGUGGUCCACCCCUGGAAGGUGCCCUCGUUCGAGCGACUGUUAUGGCGGGCGUGUCGCGGUUACAUUAUCGUGGAUUUUAGAGAAAUGGAGGAUCGACUUGAGCACCCUGACACGGGGGAAAUGGUGCAAUGGACCGUGUUCCUCAUUUCCUUCUGGGGAGAUCAGAUUGGACAGAAAGUCAAGAAGAUCUGCGAUUGCUUCCGCACUGAGACAUUUGCAUACCCCGAGAGCUCUGCCGAGAGAGAGGAGGUUCUCCAGGGACUUCAAGGGAGAAUUGAAGACAUCAAAUCAGUUUUGUCACAGACCGAAAGCUUCUUGCAGCAGCUGCUGAUGAAAGCGGUGGCUGUUCUGCCCCAGUGGAAGGUGCGAGUCCAGAAGUGCAAGGCAAUCCAGUCGGUACUGAAUCUCUGCAGCCCCUCUGUCACUGACAAAUGCCUGAUCGCUGAGGCCUGGUGUCCCACCGCCAAGCUGCCUGAACUGCAGUGUGCGCUGAGAGAGGGAGGGAGGAAAAGCGGCAGUGGGGUUGAUUCUUUCUACAACCGCUUGCCUUGCUCUACACCUCCACCUACUCUGUUUCCCCUCAACUCCUUCACAGCAGGUUUCCAGAACAUUGUAGAUGCCUACGGAGUGGCCGCCUACCGUGAGGUCAAUCCAGCAUUGUUCACCAUAAUUACAUUCCCCUUCCUGUUUGCGGUAAUGUUUGGGGACGUGGGCCACGGUUUACUGAUGACUCUGACUGCUCUCUGGAUGGUCCUCGAGGAAAAAGAUCCCAAACUUAGAAACAACAACAAUGAGAUCUGGAGGAUGAUGUUCGGUGGAAGGUAUUUGAUUCUGCUGAUGGGACUGUUCUCCAUCUACACGGGAGCCAUUUACAACGAGUGCUUCAGCAAAGGGCUCGCCACCUUCAGCUCGGCCUGGCACGUCGGCCCAAUGUUUGAAAAAAACAUAUGGAAUUCAUCGGUGCUGGCAGGGAGCCAGUACUUAUCCAUGGAUCCUGCUGUACCUGGCGUUUUCACAAGCCCCUAUCCAUUUGGCAUUGACCCGGUCUGGGGGAUGGCCAACAACAAACUAACAUUCCUAAACUCUUACAAGAUGAAGAUGUCAGUCAUCAUCGGCAUUAUUCACAUGACUUUUGGAGUCUGCUUGUCAUUCUUCAACUACUGGCACUUUCGCAAGUUCAGCAGUUUGAUUUUUGUGCUGAUCCCAGAGCUUUUCUUCAUGCUGUUUCUGUUUGGCUACCUGGUGUUCAUGGUGGUCUAUAAGUGGGUUGCUUACGCUCCUUCUCAGUCCAAAAGUGCUCCCAGCAUACUGAUCCACUUCAUAGACAUGUUCCUGUUUACGGAAAACCCUGACAACCCUCCACUUUAUCGAGGACAGGCUAUAGUGCAGAAGGUCCUGGUGAUACUGGCUCUGUGUUCUGUGCCAUUCCUCCUCCUUGGGAAGCCCACGUUUGAAUACAUUAUGUUCAAGAGAAGACGACGUCGAGUCCAUCUGGAUGAAGACAGGCGUCCACUGGUGUCUGAUGAAGGCUCCAUCAAUGUUCAUCAGGGGGAAGUAGAAGGAAGGCCGCUAGUAGAAGAGGAGUUUGAUGUCGCAGAUGUGUUCAUGCAUCAGGCCAUCCACACCAUCGAGUACUGCUUGGGCUGCAUCUCCAACACAGCCUCCUACCUCCGACUCUGGGCUCUCAGCCUGGCACACGCACAGCUGUCAGAGGUGCUGUGGGAGAUGGUCAUGCGUAAGGGGCUGACGUGGCAGGGUUACGUGGGAGCUGUAGUCCUCUUUGUGAUUUUCGCCUUCUUCGCUGUGCUGACAGUCUGCAUCCUUCUGGUCAUGGAGGGGCUCUCAGCUUUCUUGCAUGCGCUCCGUCUGCACUGGGUGGAGUUUCAGAACAAGUUCUACAGUGGAGAUGGUUACAAACUCAGCCCUUUCUCCUUCGCAUCUAUAAUAAAUGCCUCAAACCCUAUAUGAUCAGCCAGCGGUUUAUUCAGGGUUACCAGCAAAGUUAAUUUAUGUGUCUAUGAAUCAGAACGACCCUGUCUUAACAACGGUACUCGACCUUUGGUUCCCUUUCGCUAUGAAAUGGUUUAAUUAACUUGCACAAUGAUCAAUGAAUGAUGAAUGCUGUACUGUUAUUUUUGCACCGGUAGAAUGACUCCCUAUACGUUAAUUUACCACUAUACCAUAUCAUAUAUAAAACACAUAUUUUGUAUCCCCAUGCUAUUUUUUUUCAAAGAUAAUGUACUGCUUUCUAAUUACUCUAUCAUUAGCAUGAGAAAUAGUUGGUAAUCAUGUGCUUUUCACUCUCUCAACAUUUAUAAUAAGCAUCAAUUUUGAAAAGGGAAAGUACACUAGUGAAUGGAUUUGUUCUUCAGUUUAAGGGAAAGUUUAAGUUUUGACCUGAAGUAUUAAAGUGCAAGUUCUUUAGAAUUCUUCAGAUAAUGAUUUGGAUGAUUUUUAUGAGCCAAAGAUGUUGUUCCCACAUUGUCAUGUCUUCCAGCAACACCACAGCAUAAGUAUUUAUUGAUAGCUGCAUUUUUCUUGGGUGCCUUACUAGGACUGUUUGUUUAUGCAUUGUGUUAUGGACAGAUGGUAUCUUCUAUUGUUAAACCACCACUUUGUACAAAACACUGCAAUGGAAUAAAUUUUUCCCCUCCCUGUUUACACUGUAAAAUUGAACAGUUUUCAGCAGAUAAUAAAUUAAAUGUUGAGUUUUAUUAAAUGAAGCACUUGAA